CUGAAUCAACCUCACGUUAACAAAGGAGCGUGGCCGCGGUUUAUUAGCGUCAUUAAAUCAGUAGAUCUGAAAUAGUGUUGUAUUGAGUUUUAAAAUGGAUGAGGAUGUGAGACAGGUGGAUGCGGAGUAUUUGAGGAGGAAUUUGGGUCGCUGUCUUGCUGAGGGUUUGACUGAGAUCGUAGAACGGAGACCACUCGACCCCAUUGAGUUCCUGGUGCACUGGAUCCACAAAUACAAACUCAACAGUGAACUCAUGCAAGAGAGAUCCGUCUAUCAGAGAGAGUUAGAGGAGCAGCAGCGCCGAGUCCGAGAGGAAUCAAUCCAUCAGAAACUACUGGAGGAUGAGCAGAAACAGAUCAAUGAUGCACACCAUCAACUCAAGCUUACAGAAGAGUCUGGGCCAGAACCAGCACGUGAAAAAGACAACAGAGAUCCACCUGAGCAAGACAAUCAGCAGAUCAUUACAGAAAUUGCACCUGAAGAUCUGCAGUCCACAAAUCCCCCAGAAUCAGAUCCAGUAAUGAAGGAAGUCACACAACAAUCAGAUCCAUCUCAGCUGAUUGACAGCACUGCAGAAGAUCAGGUAAAUAAAGAUGAAUCAGAUGAAGUAGCAGAUCAGGGCACAGAUGUAGAUCAAAUCCAUGAGAUCCCCAACAACCCACAGGGCCAAAGUGAAGCAGAUUCACUGAAUCCAGUUCAAGAUGAUGAAGCUCAGGCAGAGAAAACAGAUGAAGUGGAUUCAGAAGAGAGACAGACAGAGAUGCAGAUUGAAUCAGAACAUGAAAAUCAUUCAGAUACAGUGGAGGACAACGACAACACCGUGAGACCUGAGGAUUCAGCUCCGCCUGACGUACUGCCGUCUGAUCAACAGGAGGAAGAGGAGAGAGUCUGAAGAUCACAUCAAACACACAUCUACAUCUCUUCUGUGUGUUUCUGUUGCUGAAUAUUGUCCAGAAACUCAAGUGUUUGUUCAUUUAAUGUUCAUUUAAAGUAACUUCACUUUCUUUACUUCACUAUAUGUUGUUUAACAGGAUAAAAUAAAGACAGGUGCUCAUAUCUUACUGAUUUAAUA